ACUCGCUUUUGGACGGGAAGAAAAAAAAAACAAUCGGCUAAUCGAGUCCGUUACGAUUUUUUUAAAUGUUUAUCUAAACAUAUUUAGUUUUAUGUUUUCGUAACAGCAAAUGGCGUCAACUCUGCUGUCACCGAUGGUGGAUUAUUAUAACGACGAAGAGGAGCUGGACAGUGUGGACGAAGACGAUGACCGGAGUUUCAGAGGGAGAGACUCAGAAGAAGAUACCGAAGAUGCCAGUGAAACAGACUUGGCGAAGCAUGAUGAGGAUGACUACGUGGAAAUUAAGGAGCAGAUGUAUCAAGACAAACUGGCGUCUCUAAAAAGGCAACUGCAACAACUUCAGGAAGGCACUCUGCAGGAGUAUCAGAAGAGAAUGAAGAAACUUGAUCAGCAGUAUAAGGAGAGACUCCGGAAUGCAGAUCUCUUCCUGCAGCUUGAGACAGAGCAAGUGGAAAGGAACUACAUCAAAGAGAAGAAAGCGGCGGUGAAGGAGUUUGACGAUAAAAAGGUCGAGUUGAAGGAAAACUUAAUUGCUGAGCUGGAAGAGAAGAAGAAGAUGAUAGAGAACGAGAAAUUAACAAUGGAACUGACUGGAGAUUCCAUGGAGGUGAAGCCUAUCAUGACCCGUAAGCUGAGGAGGAGACCUAAUGAUCCCGUCCCCAUUCCAGACAAGCGAAGGAAACCUGCUCCAGCUCAGCUGAACUACUUACUCACAGACGAGCAGAUAAUGGAGGACCUGAGGACACUAAACAAGUUGAAGUCACCAAAGAGACCAGCCUCCCCAUCUUCCCCAGAACACCUCCCUGCUGCUCCCAUGGAAAGCCCCUCUCAACGGUAUGAGGCUCGGAUAGAGGAGGGAAAACUCUACUACGACAAGAGAUGGUACCAUAAGAGCCAGGCCAUCUAUCUGGAGUCGAAAGAUAACACCAAGAUCAGCUGUGUCAUCAGUGCUGUAGGAACCAGCGAGAUUUGGGUGAGGAAGACGAGUGACAGUACGAAGAUGAGGAUUUAUUUGGGCCAGCUACAGCGAGGAGCCUUCAUCAUAAGACGCCGUUCAGCAGUGUAGAUGGUCAAAGACUUUCUUCCUCAUCCUCGUCCUCCUACGACUCUUCUUUUCUCUUCUUUUCCUUUCUCUUCUCCCUACCAGAAAGAAAAAGAACAGAACUCUGGAUCAUUUCUUUUUGAUACUCUCCUCUCCGGUGACCUUCUGUUUUUCAGCCACUCCUUCACAGGCCUUUGCAUGACUAUAUUAACUUCAUCAGAGGUUCAUUCUUCAUCCACAAUCAUGCUUAAGGACACAGUCUAAUGCUGGUUGAAGAAUAUUCCAGAGUUUGCUUGGAACGGGGAAGUGGGGAGUGUCAGGGUGAGAGGAUACAUUUCAUUCUUAAUUUCUCUUGUACAGUUUUGUGUAUGACUUUUUUGUACAUUUAUCUGUCCGUCUGAUUAAACUGGGUCUGGGAAACAAGCCCAUACGGAAUGACAUUUACAAUCUCUGAAUAGUUUGUUCAUAUUUUCAUUGGUUGUAAUCAACUGUGAAAUGAAAAUCUCCAUUUCGGUUCAUGAUGGCAUAUAGAUUGGUAGCAUCUGGAAGAAGAGGCGUUUAAACGAUGUAAUCUUCAUGAAUGAAUGGGAAUAUUCUGUGAUGUAAAUAAAAAUGGCUAUACAGCUGUCUGAAUGUGCUUUUAAAAUAUGAUGUGCAAACCUUACUUUGUAUUUACAUUGAGUCAAAAUAAAUUGGGCUACGAUUCAGGAA